CAGCUUUUAUCACGCAAUAAACCGGCCACAGCUAAAACCGGCGACGCCAAAUUAGGGAAAGACAAUAAAAAAUCCGUCCCAACUUUAGAAGAAUUCAUCGAAAGCAGAGAUUACACUGGCGCCAUAACCUUAUUGGAGUUCAUGAAAAACAGCGGGAAAAAAAGCAUAGAAAAUGAUUUAUGGAUAGCCUACUGCGCGUUUCAUCUUGGGGAUUACAAAGCAGCAAUGGAGGAGUAUGAGAAAAUGUCGAAACAUCCAAAGUGCGAUCUGCACAUCUACACGAAUCUCGGCUGCUGUUACUUCAUGCUGGGGAUGUACAAAGAAGCCGAAGCUGCCGCUAAAAAAGCUACAAAGAGUCCAUUACAGACUCGAUUACUGUUCCAUCUCUCGCACAAACUCAGUGAUGAAAAAAGAUUGGUUGAGUUGCAUUCAGGAUUGGAUGACGUCGUUGAGGACCAGCUUUCAUUAGCGUCCAUUCAUUACCUGAGGAACCACUAUCAAGAAGCCAUUGAUAUUUAUAAAAAAAUAUUAUUGGAUAAUCGUGAUUAUCUAGCGCUGAAUGUUUACAUCGCUCUCUGCUACUACAAAAUUGAUUACUAUGACGUCUCACAGGAAGUACUGGCCGUGUACUUAAACCAGUACCCAGACAGUGCAACUGCACUCAACCUGAAGGCCUGCAACCAAUUUCGUCUCUUUAAUGGAAAAAUUGCCGAAGCAGAGUUAAAGACACUACAAGAUUUAGCAUCACCAUCGUUUACCUACGCUAGGGACCUAGUGAAACAUAAUUUGACAGUUUUUCGCGGAGGUCAGGCAGCCUUGCAAGUACUCACACCCCUUGUUGACGUCAUUCCCGAAGCAAGGCUCAACCUGGUCAUAUAUUACUUGAAACAAGAUGAAGUGGCAGAAGCGAAUGAAUUAAUGAAGGAUCUCCAGCCAACUACACCCCAAGAGUACAUCUUGAAAGCCAUAGUGAACGCAACCGUGGGGCAAGAACAAAAUUCGAAGGAACAUCUAAAAGCCGCCCAGCACUUAUUCUCAGUUGUUGGAGGAUCGGCCAGUGAAUGUGACACACUACCAGGUCGGCAGUGUAUGGCUUCAAAUUUUUUUCUCUUAAAACAGUUCGAAGAGGUCAUGAUCUAUCUAAACUCAAUCAAGAGCUACUUCUACAACGACGACGUCUUCAACUUCAACUACGGUCAGGCGAACGCAGCCCUCGGCCAGUACAAAGAAGCUGAAGAGGCCUUCCUCAUGGUGCAGAGUGAUAAGAUAAAGAGAAGUUACAUCUUUCUCAGCUGGCUCGCUCGCUGCUUCAUAAUGAACCGGAAGCCGAGAUUGGCCUGGGAGUUGUAUUUGAAGAUGGAAACAUCAGGAGAGUCAUAUCAACUCCUACUCAUUAUCGCUAACGAUUGUUACAAGAGAGGCUUAUUUUUCUACUCGGCGAAAGCGUUCGAUGUGCUAGAGAGAAUCGAACCAACUCCGGAAUAUUGGGAGGGAAAGAGGGGUGCCUGUGUGGGAGCUUUCCAGAUGGUCGUCAGUGGGCAUGAGCCCAAAGAGCUUUUACGAGACAUAAUACAGAUGCUACAGAACACGGGCAACCCGCAAGUCGAGUACAUAUUAAGGGCCAUGAAAAAAUGGGCCAAGGAUAACAGGGUCGUGCUCUAUUAA